AUGUGGUGGCUAUUCAGUGUCCUCUUUGGCUCCAUCUUCCUGCUCAGCAUCGUUCUCUCGAUACCGGUCGCCUUCGAUGUCGGUGGCCGUGACAGCGGCCUGGCCUACAGCCUGUCCAUCUUCAUAUUCUACCUCUUCUACUCGACGAUAAAGCUCAUCACCCCCGACGGCUCCCGUCUGCGCGGGCUCGUUUCCUCGUCCCUUCGCCUCUCACAGUGUAUCGUCAUCCCGACACUGCUUAUUUGGGCGUUGGGGCAGUUUGCUGUGGACGCCGGAACGACCAACUGGGUGGAGCGAACACUGGACGGUGUCUUGAGGGCAAAGAGCGCGACCUGGACCGAGUGGCUGUUUGGGAAAGAUGGCCUUCUCGAAACCGUUAUGCUGGGAAGCUGGGAGAACACGCUGAGAUAUUCUGGUCCCGUCUUCCAGCUGUUGGAAGGCUUCUGCACACUUCUUGUUAUCCAAGCUGCUGGCCAGAUCACCAGGUGGCUCGUAAAUCGAGGAAGGAGUGAUACUUGGGUGAUCAUCCUUCUGGCCUUCUCAGGAACCAUUAUUUCAAGUGCCGUCUACUUCCUCUGGAGGAUAGCACAGUUUCCCGAGAUUAGCAACAUCGACGCAGCCCUUAUUGGCAUCACUAUGACGACUGCCGUAUUCGUUUGCGCAUUUGGAAUCGGUACUGGCCGAGGCAACCCCGUCGAAUCCUCUCUCCUAUUCGCCUACAUUGUUCUCUGCGUCUACCAGAUUUUCACCGACUACCUGCCCUCAGAUGGUCAACGUAGCCCAGAGGAGCAGGCAUCCUCCCAGCCAGAUCUACCUCCUCUACCCCCCAUCAUCAUGGCUUCUUAUUCCACCAUCGUGCACCUGCUGAGCAGCCUUCCCUUGGCACUUCAUUCCUCUCUCAUGCUUCUUUAUGCGGCCUUCCAGACGAUUACACCUUCAGUUAUUAUUUCACUCACUUAUCGGCUCCUCGUUUUCUACUGUGCGACCCGAAUCAUCCCUUCUGUCAGAGAUCUGGGCGCCCAAGCCUUGCUCCAUGAUCCUGAUUGGGAGGACUCCGAGACCGCAGGUAGAGUUUUGGGAUUCCUGAGUUGGUUUUCCCCUUCUAUCCUGAUCUCCGUCUACACCAGCCUUCUCCUGCAACAUUUCUCUACCAGCAACAGCGAUGAUGGCUGGACUUUGAGGGGUGGUGAUGUUGGCAACGGCAUGUGGCGGUGGAUUAAUGUUGGCCUAACGUUGGGCUUGUACGCAAUUGAGCUGUACCUCAGCCGUGAUGCCCAUGACCACUGGAAAGUGGAUUAA